GAGGUCAGAGGUCAAACUAUAAAGGGCAACGGGGAGGGAGUGAGCGACACACUCACACGGCGCACAGUUAACAGACUCACGACGGAGGAAGAACGACAGUGACCGUAUUUUUUUUCACCUUCAAAAUGUCAAAAGUUUUCAAGAAGACCAGCGGCAACGGACAUAUUGCCUUGUACUUAGGCAAGAGAGACUUUGUGGACAAUGUGGAUUCGGUGGAAGUGGUCGAUGGAGUUGUUAAAGUGGAUCCCUCCGGACUCGAUGGCAAAAAAGUGUUCGUAUACCUUGCUUGUGCCUUCCGCUACGGAAGUGACGAUUUGGACGUGAUCGGACUGUCCUGCAGAAAAGAUAUCUGGAUAAAUCGCGUUCAGGUUUAUCCGCCCACAGACGGCAAUGCAACAAAAUCACCUAUGCAGGAAUCCCUCCUGAAGAAAGUCGGAGAGCAAGGGUAUCCCUUUGCCUUCCAGAUGCCACCGAACCUCCCCUGCUCAGUCGCCUUACAACCUGGGCCGAAUGAUUCUGGCAAGGCUUGCGGCGUGGACUUUGAGGUCAAAGCUUACAUUGCCAACGAAGCAAACAAUGCUGACGAAACCAUCGCAAAGAAGGACACUUGUCGCCUGAUGAUUCGAAAAAUCCAGUUUGCACCAACCAAAAAUAACGCCGGACCCAAGUCGGAAAUCACCAAGCAGUUCAUGAUGUCGGACAAACCCAUUCACAUGGAAGCCUCCCUCGACAAAGAGGUCUAUUACCACGGCGAUCCCAUCACUGUUAGUGUAAAAAUCAACAACGAAACCACAAAAGUGGUGAAGAAAAUCCAAAUCAUAGUCGAGCAGCUGACAAAUGUGGCGCUGUAUUCCUCUGACACUUACACAAAGCCCGUCUGCACAGAGGAGUUUGGGGAGACAAUUAACGGCAAUUCUACAUUCGAGAAAACCUUCCAAGUGACCCCGCUGCUGGCCAACAACAAAGAGAAGCGCGGACUGUCAGUGGACGGGCGCCUAAAAGACGAGGACACAAACCUGGCCUCCACUACCUUGAGUCAAGAUAAUAAGGAGAUGCAGGGAAUUCUCGUGUCGUACAAAGUCAAAGUCAACCUGAUGGUGUCUGGAGGAGGCCUGCUGGGUGGCCUUACAUCGAGUGACGUCGCGGUCGACCUCCCGUUGACGCUGAUGUCCCCCAAGCCAGCAGAAGUGUAAGUUAACCCGGGCUGAAGGCAAACACGUCCAUGUUGUAUUGUGAUGCCCGCGAUGGGUUGUUUGAUUUCUUUUCUCUUAUGUGUUUGUGUAUUUUAUGAACCACAGCCAAUUGGACUAAAGGCCUCUUUAGCUCAGAACGGACAUCGCCAUCGAGCCAAUGGAUGGAUAAGACGUCGCCAUGAUACAAACAGCAGAACAACAAUAGAAGCCGAUGGCUGUGAAGGACAAACAACAGGAGCCUCGCUUCCUGUGCGCGCACACACAGUGUAUUCGUAGAGGUAUUGCUGUGAGAGCAUCUGCGUGACAUUUGAUAGCUUUGGACAGAAAUAAACCCGCUCAGUGUUGCUUUGAUUUCUGAAAAUGUCUCCUAGUGUAGAACGUGAGAUUUUCUUUCAAAUUGUUAUUGUUAUGACUGUACCCUUUAGCAUUACAAUGUAUAGGGACAAGUAUGAUGAGUGAAUGUUAACGUGGGAAUGAAUGCACAUGACUGUCUUUCUUCAGAGUUGAUUGUAGGAAAUAAAAAAAAGUUUCCUCAGUA